AUGCACACGUAUGCCAAGAUGUUCCUGCAAAGGAGUCCGAGAGUGAGACUUCCGCCCGCUUUGGCGCUGCUGCGUCCCCGGCGCUUCGUGCGGCAGCGCAGGGAAGCCGCGAGAAUAACACUUCCGAGCGCCAAGGACCAUCCACGAGGAGCCGAGCGCGGACUGAGCCUCACAGCGGAAGUCCCGCCCUCGCCUCUUCGCCCUGCGGCCGUGUCGGCGCGGGCUGCGUGCGUCAUUUCCCGGCGGCGCGAGGGCGAGCGCCUGGGCGAGCGGCCGGGUGGGGAGCGCCGCGCCUCCCCGCGCAGCCCCGGCGUCUGUCAGAACGCUUUGUCUGACGCCCUAGAACCCGAGCUUGAGGCUUUCUGUUUGUCUGCACAUCUGAGAACUGUCCAAUCCUUUUGUCUUGCCAGGUUUUACUGUGACUACUGUGACACGUACCUCACCCACGACUCUCCAUCUGUGAGGAAGACACACUGCAGUGGUCGAAAACACAAAGAGAAUGUGAAAGACUACUACCAAAAAUGGAUGGAAGAGCAAGCCCAGAGCCUGAUUGACAAAACAACGGCUGCAUUUCAACAAGGAAAGAUCCCCCCAGCUCCAUUCUCUGCUCCUCCUCCUGCUGGGGCCAUGAUCCCGCCUCCCCCCAGUCUCCCGGGUCCUCCUCGCCCUGGCAUGAUGCCUGCACCCCACAUGGGAGGCCCUCCCAUGAUGCCGAUGAUGGGCCCCCCUCCUCCUGGGAUGAUGCCUGUGGGACCUGCUCCUGGAAUGAGGCCACCCAUGGGGGGUCACAUGCCCAUGAUGCCAGGCCCUCCAAUGAUGAGACCUCCUGCUCGCCCUAUGAUGGUGCCCACUCGGCCUGGCAUGACUCGGCCAGACAGAUAAGAGCAAAAAGGCUCUAUUUCAGUUUUGUAUUUCUUGUUUUGUUUCACCAGGAGAUUACGGUGCUGAGCCUGAGUGUUUUCUAUCUGCAUCACAAGCAAGGCUUCCCCCUUCCUACAGAGGGGAGAAGUGGGGUUAAAAAAGUGCAGCUCUCUCACUUAUAUUGUGAAAGUGAAAAUAAAUGGUCAGCUGUCUUACUUAAAA